GCGGUACCCUCAUCUGGCGACAAGCCUCGCUAUUCAGCUUCAGAAAUCCUCAGCAAUGAGAAUGACAUAGGAAGAGCUUGUACUUGUCUGUCACCGACUUAGCUUACGAUCAUCGAAACGUUCCAGAUCAGUCAUUGAUUUCAUGCCGUUCUCGCAUUGGGGCACUGUUGUCACCUCACCAGCCGCUGCAAGGCACGACACAGCAUCUGUCUCAGAUGUUGAUCAUGGCAGAUCCCUGGAGGACCACCACCCACCAAGGAACCGUAGGAAUCUCGCUCAAGAUCCUGCACCACCAUAUGCGAGAGUUCGCCAACAUGGAGUCGCAUUUUCGGCAAAUCACCACACGAUCCCCACGCCUGUCGAUCAUCUGCUUGCCCAGUCACCGCCUCCUGCCGCAGCUGAGACUGCUGAACGUAGACUGCCCUACUUUGAGGCAGCUCUGGCAAGAUCUCGUGCAGAAGGUGCCACCGUGGGCCAAUCAUCAGCUGGAGUUCCUCAGCGUUUGCCCACCUACGCAAAUGCGAUUGAUCCCAAUCACCCAGACCUCAGAUUUGCCGUCACAGCCGAGACAGCUUCAGGCUAUCGUGGUGUCCUCCCAACCCUCAUACGACAGCCGCCGACACCCGACCCGGGAGACGAUGGCUACUCUGAUGAAAAGGUGCAAAUAGGGUACGACGAAGACGAAAUGUCUACCUUGCUCGAUGGUUCUUAUUGUCAAGAUGGAUCGACUCGUCCUUGGUCUUCGGGGGACCUGGGCUAUGAUCAGAUUGAUGCACAAAAAGCACGUUGGGAAUCUGAACCCAAUCUCGAGGCCACUGGGCACUCUACCCAACAUUUUGGUCCGGCUCCCGUUGGCAGAGUGAGCAGGAGGACACACAAUGCUGCAGGACAUAGGCGAAUCAAACAAACUGCAAAGUUGGACGCGAACGGUUUCUUUGCAGUCGACAUGCCGGUGCCGACUCGUUUGGCUCAAUUUCUGCCGCAGAAAGGUGUCGCAGAACAGAGGACCACUAGAUACACGGCGGUGACCAUCGAUCCCGACGCUUUCUCCACCUCUGGACUUCGACUCCGGCAGAACACUUGCAUCCCACCUCGUCAGACUGAGCUCUUUGUCGUCAUUACCAUGUACAAUGAAGGGGCAGACUUGUUCUGUCGCACCUUGUAUGGAGUCAUGAAGAACAUCUCGCACCUCUGCGGGAGGAAGAACUCCCGCGUCUGGGGCAAGGACGGAUGGAAAAAGGUUGUAGUGUGCAUCGUUGCAGAUGGACGAAAAAGCGCAGAUCCGAAGGUCCUGGAUUGUCUGGCAGCUCUGGGAGUGUAUCAGGAAGGGGCAAUGACCAGCAUGGUCAAGGACCGCCCUGUGACGGCCCAUGUCUUCGAAUACACAACCAGCUUUGCGCUUGACCCCGCGCUUCAGUUUCGAUACCCUGAUAAGGGUAUCGUGCCGUGCCAGAUCAUAUUCUGUCUGAAAGAGCGAAAUGAGAAGAAGAUCAACUCUCAUCGAUGGUUCUUCAACGCAUUUGCCCCUUUGCUCUCCCCCAACGUAUGCAUCUUGUUAGAUGUGGGAACCCGGCCUGGUCCAAAAUCCCUCUACCACUUGUGGAAGGCAUUCGACCUUAACAGUAAUGUCGGCGGCGCAUCGGGUCAAAUGGAGACCUACAAAGGCAAAUAUUGGCGGAGCCUUCUGAAUCCACUCGUCGCGGCACAAUGCUUCGAGUAUAAAUUGUCAAACAUCCUUGACAAGCCUAUGGAGAGUCUGUUCGGGUAUUGUACAGUUUUGCCAGGGGCAUUCUCGGCGUACAGGUGGAUUGCCCUGCAGAAUGACCCAAGUGGUAGAGGACCGCUGGCUUCAUACUUCCAGGGAGAACAGCUCAGAUCUGGAAAAGCUAAUACAUUCACGGCGAAUAUGUAUCUCGCUGAAGAUCGUAUACUGUGCUUCGAAAUUGUAGCGAAGGCGAAGGCAAACUGGGUACUCAAAUACGUCAAGUCAGCUGUAGGCGAGACAGAUUGCCCGGAAACGAUUCCCGAGUUUAUCGCACAACGCAGACGCUGGCUUAAUGGUUCAUUAUUCGCCGCGCUCUAUUCCCUCAUGCACGUAGGACAGAUCUGGCAGUCUGACCACUCUUUUCUGCGGAAGGCAGCCCUCAUGCUGGAAUUCACAUACAUCGCACUAAAUCUCUUCUUUACUUGGUUCUCCCUCGCCAAUUUCUACAUGUUCUUCAUCAUCUUGACGAGCUCAUUGCAAGGAGGUGUCCUAGAUGUUCCCCAUAUUGCGAUAUUGAACACGGUGGCACAGUACGGCUACCUCGGAGCAUUGGUCGCGUGUUUCAUUUUUGGGAUGGGCAAUCGCCCUCAAGGGGCACCAUGGAAAUACAAGUUCACCAUCUAUUUCUUCGCUAUCCUCACUACUUAUAUGUUGGCCUGCGCUAUUCUCUGUAGCAUCAAAGCUGUGCGAAACUUCGAUUCACCAGUCUUCGCGAGGAUGAUCAUCUCUCUGGGUUCAACCUAUGGUGUCUAUGUUGCCUCCAGUCUUUUGGCCCUAGACCCUUGGCAUCUCUUUACAUGUUUUGCCCAAUAUAUUUUGUUUUCCCCCACAUACAUCAAUGUUCUCAAUGUUUACGCAUAUUCAAAUCUUCACGAUCUCUCCUGGGGUACCAAAGGAUCGGAUCACGGACCUGCAGUGGAUCUGGGAUUGGUACAAGGAGUUGGUGACCAGGUCGAAGUGGAAUUGGUUUCUGCGCAGCAGGAUAUCGACAUAGCCUAUCAGGACUCACUCGACAAGCUUCGUGCCAAAGAGGUCAAGAAAGACAUCGAGAACCCCAUCCGGAAGGUGCCGACAGAGCAGCAGCAGAAAGACAUUUAUGCCAAUUUCAGGACAAAUUUAUUGCUCCUAUGGGCCCUGUCGAAUGCUCUGAUGGCCAGCUUGAUCUUGUCCGGAGGCAACCCGGUGGAUGCAUUCAGCAACACUGGUGCAAACCGCUCGGCGAUCUAUAUGCUGAUAGUGCUAAUCUUCAUCGCGGGGAUGGCCAUAUUCCGCUUCGUCUGCUCAACCAUGUAUCUCGUUGUAACAUUGUUCGGAGGUUGAUAAUGCAGUAUGAACACAUGUACGCCUUCGUGGG